AUGGGUAAAAUUGUUAGAGCCUAUGGGUGGGAUGACGGACAGGAGCAGCGGUUCCUAACGAUAAACCCAUUGGCCGAUGAGGUGUCAAUGUACCAGACAAACCAUACUGAAGAGGAAGGAAUUGUGAAGGCUUACACUAGAAAGGGGUUUGAUGGGCUGAAAUGUAUUGAUUAUUCUCCGAACACUGUGGGUUUGGUCGCUGUUGGUCAGAGUGAUGGUUUAAUCAAAGUGUUUGAUAUUCUAUCUUCAAAUUCAUCAGCAUUGGAUAUCCAACUGAAUAGAUCAUGUAAUGCCAUUUCAUUCAACUCACAAGGUUUAUUGGCUGCUGGGUUUGAAAAAUCAAGACAGGAGAACGGUUUACACAUCUACAAUAUCAAUCAUUAUUCCACAGCAAAUAAUCAAGAGCUUUCACAUCCAACAUUAUCGUUCAUGAAUAAUGAAUCUGUGACUUCAGCCAUAUUCCAUAAUGAAACAAAUCUUCUUGUUGGUAGCUCAAAGUCUUUGAGAAGUAUUGAUAUAAGGGUAUCAUCGCCAAUUUUCCAGGCUGGAUCCAAGACAGUAUAUGGUAUCACUCAAGAUCCUUAUAAUCCAUUCUUGUUUAGUGCUUUUGCAGAGGAUGGAACACUAUCCAUUUUUGAUAGAAGAAAACUGGCAAAUAGUAACCCGGAACCAUUGCUGAGCUUUAAUAAGCUAUUGGGUGACACAACUAGAAGAAACAACAGCUCGUGUUUUAGAUACUCCACCAGUAGAAGAUAUGAAUUUGCUACAUCACAUGCUGGUGAAUUGAUAAGGAGGUGGCAAACUGGUCUUGUUCCUUCAAGUAAAUAUGAUUCGGUGUUUGUGGCUAGCGUCUUGGAUUGCAAAACCAAAUAUGAUCGUGUUAUCUCUUUUGAUUAUAGCAAUGACAUUAAUUCAAGUUCUAUAAGUUUGGUGUGUAUGAGACAAUCUGGCUCUGUGUUUAAGAUGCCUAUUGUUGAGAGUCAAAAAUCUAUCAAGUUUAAUUCUUUUAAUGAUCUAUUAUUUACUGGUCCAAAUGGAACUUAUAUUGAGGAGGUUGAAGUUGGGGGUGUUAUCAAUAAAAUUGCCAACAUGAAGACAAAAACUCCAACUGAAAAAGAAGAUGGAUUCGCUGAUGAGAAUCUACUUGAACCUAAUGAUACUUAUCCGGAUCAUGACUUGGCAAAUAAUGAGGAAGAGGAUGAUGAUGAAGAAGAACUUGAAUUGGAUCAAUUCUUUACACCUCAAGAAGUUUUAGAAAAUGAUAUUGGUGUCAGAAUGAGAAGACGCGCUUUCAUGGGUUAUGGAACUGAUUGUUUUCGCAAUGUUGAAAUCGUUGAUAGUUUGAGGUCAAUUGAUAAUAAUCUAUUUUUGAGAAGUACUUGGAGAUGGUUGGAUAUUGCUAGAUCAUCUGCAGACACUGGAUUGAUGACCUCUGGAGACCUUGAUCUGGCUUAUGAAGGUAUUUUGGGAAUAUGGAGGGGUGCUGAAGGUAUUCACAGACAAAAUAGAUACAAUGAUACGACGAUGAAGGAAGAUGCUUUUAAACAAAAGAUUACUCAAAUAUUAGCAACAAGAAAUUCCAAAAGUAUAUCAAUUGUGAGGAGUAACAAGGAGCCACAAAGAAGAUUAUGUAUGAUUGUUGCAGGCUGGUAUUACAGUCCUGAUGAGUUGGAGCAAAUAUUCACAAGACUUACAAAUGCUGGACAGUAUACAAAAGCUGCUGGUUGGGCAGUUUUUAAUGGAGAUGUGGCAAAAGCUGUCAACAUCUUAUCAUCUUCAAAAAGUGGUAGACUAAAGUUAAUUGCUACAGCCAUAUCAGGAUACCUUGUACAACAAAGGACAUCACAUAACACGUUAUGGAAAGAUCAGUGUCGAAAUAUGGCAACGGAACUUGAUGAUCCAUACUUAAGAGCCAUUUUCGCAUUUAUAGCUGAUAAUAAUUGGUGGGAUGUCUUGGAUGAAAGUUCAUUACCAUUGAGAGAAAGGGUUGGAGUUGCUUUAAGGUGUCUUUCUGAUAAAGAUUUAACAGUUUAUUUGAACAAAAUUGCAAAGAAGUAUAUCACCAAAGGUGAAUUGGAAGGAUUGAUAUUGACAGGUAUUACACCUCGUGGUAUUGAUUUAUUACAAUCCUAUGUUGAUAGAACGAGUGACGUUCAAACAGCUGCCUUGAUUACAAGCUUCGGGUGCCCAAGAUUUUUCAGUGAUGAUAGAGUUGAUAACUGGCUACAAUGCUAUAGAACGUUGUUAAAUAGCUGGGGUAUGUUCAGCACCAGAGCAAAAUUUGACGUUGAAAGAGCCAAACUAUCCAAAACAAACAACGGUUCAAAAUUAUUGAAAAUUGUACCAUCCCAGGUUCACCUUCAAUGUAUAAGAUGUAAUAAGAACAUAUCCAAGUCAGUGAAACCAUCUAAAAGAUUUACCAAUACCAAUCUCAAGACCACCAAAAAAUCACUAUCUUCAUGUCCUCAUUGUGGUGCUGCAUUACCAAGGUGUGCUAUUUGUCUGUUAUCAUUGGGUAAACCAUUACCUCAAGAUGUGUCUGAACAUUUGCAAUCUGACGAAUCUCGGAUCAAUGAAUUCAAAGAAUGGCCUAGCUUUUGUUUAACUUGUAACCAUGGAAUGCACGCUGGCCAUGCAGAAGAGUGGUUUUCCAAGAGCAACAUCUGUCCAGUUCCUGGAUGUUCUUGUCAGUGUAAUAACAGAUAG